AUGGAGAUCUCCCCGACGCAGUCGCCACCGCGGACGCCGCGUAGGGCGGCAAAGCCGCGGCUGUUCAUCAAGGAGAUGGUCCUCCGCAACUUCAAGUCCUACGCCGGGGAGCAGCGCAUCGGUCCUUUCCACAAGAGCUUCUCGGCUGUUGUUGGGCCAAAUGGCAGUGGAAAGAGUAAUGUCAUUGAUGCAAUGCUUUUUGUGUUUGGGAAGCGUGCAAAGCAGAUGCGCCUAAACAAGGUCUCCGAGCUCAUACACAAUUCUUCCAAUCAUCAGAACCUAGACAGUGCUGGUGUUUCUGUUCAUUUUCAAGAAAUCAUUGACAUGGAUGAUGGGAACUACAGUGCUGUUGAGGGUAGUGACUUUGUCAUCUCAAGGGUUGCUUUCCGUGACAACACUUCUAAAUACUACAUAAAUGAGCGUGGAAGCAAUUUUACUGAAGUAACUAAACUGCUGAAGGGCAAGGGAGUUGACCUUGAUAAUAAUCGCUUUCUCAUCCUCCAGGGUGAGGUUGAGCAAAUCUCCCUAAUGAAACCAAAGGCUCAAGGUCCACAUGAUGAAGGUUUUCUAGAGUAUCUUGAAGACAUAAUAGGGACAAACCAGUAUGUUGAAAGAAUUGAAGAAGCGUACAAGCAACUCGAAGUGCUCAAUGAAAAGCGAACAGCAUCAGUGCAGAUGCUAAAAUUAGCUGAGAAGGAAAGAGACAGUUUAGAGAGUGCAAAAAAUGAAGCUGAAACAUACAUGCUGAAGGAACUUUCGCUUCUGAAAUGGCAAGAAAAGGCAACGAAGCUGGCUUCUGAUGAUGCUAUCUCACGUGUUAAUCAGUGUCAAGAGAAUGUGGCAGACCUGGAAAAGAAUCUUGCCUCCGAAAGGGAGAAGAUACAGCAGAAUUCUCAAACUCUGAAGGAAAUGGAGUCUAUUUACAAUAAACAUGUCAAAAGGCAAGAGGACCUUGAAAAUAACAUGAAGAGCUGCAAGGACCAGUUUAAAGAGUUUGAGAGGAAAGAUGUAAAAUACAGGGAAGAUUUAAAGCAUCUUAAGCAGAAUAUCAAGAAGCUGGAUGACAAAGCUGAAAAGGAUACAUCAAAACGUGAUGAAAAAACAAAAGAGAUGGAGUCGUCAUCCAAUCUCAUUCCACAGCUGGAGGCAGAAAUACCCAAAUUGCAAGAGCGAUUUAAUGAAGAAGAGAAAGUCUUAGAGCAGAUCAAAGCAUCCUCUCGAGAAGAAACUGAGAGGCUUCGUGCUGAACUUACUCAAGUACGAACUGAACUUGAACCAUGGGAAAAUCAAAUUAUUGAGCAUAAAGGAAGGUUAGAUGUUGCAUCUGCUGAGAAAAAGUUAAUGAAUGAAAAGCAUGAUGGAGCUCAAGCAGAAUUAACUGAAGCACAAAACCAGAUGGAAAGUAUAAAGGAGAAAGUUAAAACAAAGGAUUCAUACAUUGUGGAGCUUCAAGAAAAAAUAGAGAAACACCAGAAUGAAGCAUCUGAAGCUCGCAAAAUUGAACAGGAAUGCCAAAAACAGGAGGAUUCACUGAUCCCUCUGGAACAAGCAGCAAGGCAGAAAGUUGCAGAGAUGAAAACCACUAGGGAUUCUGAGAAGAACCAAAGUACUGCUCUGAAAGCAAUUUUGCAAGCCAAGGAAUCAAAUGAAAUACAAGGCAUUUAUGGUAGGCUUGGUGAUCUUGGUGCAAUUGAUGCAAAAUAUGAUGUGGCCAUAUCAACAGCAGCUUCAUCUGGGCUUAAUUAUAUUGUGGUUGAAACAAUAAAUUCAGCCCAAGCUUGUAUUGAGUUGUUACGUAGAAGGAACCGUGAGGAAACUGUAACUUGUUUGAUCCUGGAAAAACAAACGCACCUCCUUCACAAAAUUAAAGAGAAAGUAAAAACACCUGAAGGAGUUCCACGCCUUUUUGAUCUGGUGAAGGUUAAAGAUGAGAAGCUGAAGUUAGCCUUCUUCCAUGUCUUGGGGAAUACUGUUGUUGCAAAUGAUCUUGAUCAGGCUUCGCGAAUUGCAUAUACUGCGGCAAAGGAGUUCCGUCGGGUAGUUACCCUAGGCGGUGAACUGUUUGAGAAAUCUGGUACCAUGAGUGGUGGUGGUAAAAGGGUACAACGAGGCAUGAUGGGAACAGCUAUCCGAGAAAGCUUUUCAGAAGAGGCUAUUAAAACUGCUGAAAAUGAACUUACAAAGCUUGUUGACGAACUCAACAAGCUGCGCGAAAAAAUGAAUGAUGCUAAAAAACACUAUCGAUCCAUGGAAGAUGCUAAAUCCCGUCUUGAAAUGGAAUUGGCAAAAGCUAAAAAGGAGGUUGAGAGUAUGAAUGCACAGUAUAUUUACAAUGAAAAGCGACUAGAGUCUCUGAAAGCUGCUUCACAACCCAAAGGUGAUGAGAUUCGCAGAAUGAAAGAGCUGGAUGGCAUCAUAUCUAGUGAGCAAGCUGAACUAGAUAGACUCACAAAGUGUUCCAGCAAACUUAAAGAUCAGGCUUCAGAACUUCAACAGAAAAUUGAAAAUGCUGGAGGGAAGAUGCUGAAGGACCAGAAGGCAAAAGUUGGCAACAUCCAAUCUGAACUUGACAAAACAAGUUCAGAAAUCAACAGACACAAAGUUAACAUAACUUCAGGUGAGAAGUUGGUGAAAAGGUUAACCAAGGGCAUUGAGGAGUCCAAGAAAGAUAGAGAAAAACUUUUUGCUGAAAAGGAGAAUAUGAUGUCUAUGUUCAAAGAGAUUGAGAAGAAAGCAUUUAUUGUUCAGGAAGAGUAUAAGAAAACACAGGAGAUGAUAGACAACCAUAAGGUUGAGCUUGACAAAACUAAGGAAGAAUACACCAAACUAAAAAAAGCAAUGGAUGAACUGAGAGCCUCUGAGGUUGAUGCUGACUACAAAUUGCAAGAUACAAAAAGGCUUGCCAAGGAGUGGGAAAUGAAGGUGAAAACAUUCAAGAAAAGGCUUGAUGAAAUUCAGACAAAUGUUGUUAAACACAUGGAUCAAAUCCAAAAGGAUGCUGUUGAUCCUGAGAAACUCAAAGCGACUCUAGGUGAUGAGCAACUAAAUGACACGUGUGACAUGAAAAGGGCAAUGGAGAUGGUGGCAUUGUUGGAGGCUCAGAUUAAAGAUUUGAGCCCAAACCUUGAUUCCAUAGCAGAGUACCGCACAAAGGCUCGCUUGUAUGGUGAGCGUGUUGAUGAGCUAAAUGCUACCACUCAGGAACGUGAUGAUCUUAAAAAGUUGUACGAUGGGUUAAGGAAGAGAAGGCUAGAUGAAUUCAUGGCUGGGUUCAACAUAAUAUCUUUGAAACUGAAGGAGAUGUAUCAGAUGAUUACUCUUGGAGGUGAUGCCGAACUGGAACUUGUUGAUUCCUUGGACCCAUUUUCAGAAGGUGUUGUUUUCAGUGUGAGGCCUCCAAAGAAAAGCUGGAAAAACAUUGCCAAUUUAUCUGGUGGUGAGAAGACGCUUAGUUCGCUAGCUUUGGUGUUUGCUCUUCACCACUAUAAACCUACUCCCUUAUAUGUUAUGGAUGAGAUUGAUGCUGCGUUGGACUUUAAGAAUGUAUCAAUUGUGGGACAUUAUGUGAAAGAUAGGACCAAAGAUGCACAAUUCAUCAUUAUAAGUCUGAGGAACAACAUGUUUGAACUAGCCGACAGGUUGGUUGGUAUUUACAAGACGGACAACUGCACCAAGAGUAUAACAAUCAACCCAGGAAGCUUCGCCGAGAGCAUGAAAGUAGUGUAG